UCAAUCUCUGACAAAAUUUUCUUGUUGUUUUCUGAAUUGCUAAAGGCAAAGAGGCAUCAUGAUUGGAAAUGGUGUUGUUGGUAUUCUCUCCGAGUCUAGAAACAAGUGGGAAAGAAGGGCUCCAUUAACUCCGUCACAAUGUGCUCGUCUUUUACAUGGACACACCGAGGAAUCUGGUGUGACACGUAUUAUCGUUCAAUCGUCUACUAAACGUAUUCAUCACGAUGCGUUGUAUGAAGAUGUUGGUUGUGAGAUUUCGGAAAAUCUCACAGAAUGUGGUCUUAUUCUGGGGAUUGAACAGACAGAGCUGGAGAUGAUUCUUCCAAAUAAGGCAUAUGCGUUGUUCUCGCAUACUCAUAAGGCGGAAAUAGAAAACAUGCCUUUGUUGGAUAAAAUUUUAGCGGAGAAGGCAUCUUUGUUUGACUAUGAGCUCAUAGCUGGAGAUCACGGCAAAAGGUUGCAUGGGUUAGGAAAAUUUGCUGGUAGAGCUGGAGUUAUCGACUUCUUACAUGGUUUAGGAAUUCGAUAUCUUAGCAUGGGAUAUUCAACACCUUUCCUCUCACUUGGUGCAUCUUACAUGUAUACAUCUCUUGCUGCUGCUAAGGCUGCAGUUAGUUUUUUGGGUGAAGAGAUAGCAACGCACGGGUUGCCAUCUGAAAUAUGUCCGCUAGUUUUUGUAUUCACUGGGGAUGGCAAUGUUUGUCAGGGUGCACAGGAGAUAUUCAAGUUACUUCCUCAUACAUUUGUGGAUCCUCUCAGACUAUCCGAGAUCUCUCAGGGUGGCGAUGUUGCACGUAACACAAGUAUAUCAAAGAGAGUCCAUCAAGUGUAUGGAUGUGUUGUAACUUCACGAGACAUGGUCGAACACAAGGACCCGACCAGAACUUUCGAUAAAGCUGACUAUUAUGCACAUCCCGAAGAUUACAACCCCAUUUUCCAUGGAAAGAUAGCUCCAUAUGCUUCUGUGAUUGUUAACUGCGUGUAUUGGGAGAAACGAUUUCCACGAUUGUUAAGUACUAAGCAACUUCGAGAACUAAAAAUUCAUUCGCCUUGCAAAAACCAAAUAGAGAGGCCUUUCUUCAGGUAUGAUCCAGUUUCUAAUUCAUACCAUAAGGACUUGGAAGGAAAAGGUGUCAUAUGUCUAGCAAUCGACAUUCUUCCAACAGCAUUCGCAAAAGAGUAUUCUGAACAUUUCGGAGAUAUUCUCUCGGAAUUUAUUGGCAACUUGGCUUCUGCGAAAGAUGUUUCAGAACUGCCUUCCCACUUAAGAAGAGCAUGCAUUGCUAGUGAAGGAGAUCUUACUUCCUUGUAUGAAUAUAUCCCUCGUAUGCGAAAAUCUGAUCAACUAGCUGAUAUAUGUUGGGAAAAUCUUGGAUUCAGCCUCGUACCAACAGACCAAAUGUACAUGUCUAAGCAUUCAGCUGGGGGUAACUUCUCCAAAGGAGGAUUACGAGCCUACGGGAACAUUGAGUUGAGUCCAGCAUCUGGAGUUUUAAACUAUGGGCAGGGAUUAUUUGAAGGUUUGAAGGCAUAUAGAAAAGAAGAUGGUUCGAUUGUUCUAUUUCGGCCCAUGGAAAAUGCAUCAAGAAUGGUUCAAGGUGCUGAGAGGAUGUCCAUGCCCUCUCCUACUGUUGAACAAUUUGUGGAGGCUGUGAAGCUUACAGUGCUGGCCAAUAAGCGCUGGAUUCCGCCUGUAGGUAAAGGCUCAUUAUACAUUCGGCCACUGGUCAUUGGUAGCGGAGCAGUUCUUGGCGUUGCACCAGCUCCCGAGUACACAUUUCUCAUUUAUGUGUCACCGGUUGGGAAUUACUUCAAGGGGCUUUUGGCACCGAUAAAUUUGGUGGUCGAGAGCGAUUUCCAUCGUGCAACUCCUGGUGGAACUGGAGGUGUAAAAACUAUAGGGAACUAUGCUGCAGUCAUGAAAGCACAAUCUGCAGCUAAAGCGAAAGGUUACUCCGAUGUUUUAUAUUUGGAUUCUGUUCACAAUAAGUAUCUGGAGGAGGCCUCUUCUUCUAAUAUAUUUCUUGUUAAGGGUAACACAAUAUCUACUCCAGCAAUCAAUGGGACAAUUCUACCUGGCAUUACGCGUAAAAGUAUAAUUGAGGUUGCCCGUAUACAUGGUUACGAGGUUGAGGAGCGACUUAUCUCAGUAGAUGAAUUACCUGAGGCUGAUGAAGUCUUCUGUACCGGAACGGCAGUGGUAGUGUCUCCAGUGGGUAGCAUAACUUACCUCGGCAAAAAGAUUUCAUAUGGUGGGGAAAGCGGAGGAGUUGGUGCUGUUUCUCGACAACUCUAUUCAUCUCUUACAAAUUUACAAAUGGGACUUACAGAAGACAAGCUGGGUUGGACUGUCGAGUUAUAA